AUGGAGAACUUCUGGAUAAAAAUUUUAUCUCUAUUACAUUUUUUUUUGUUCAUACAACUUCAAUGUUAUCAAAAUUAUAGCUUUGACUAUAGUAGCAAUGACUAUGAUUUAUAUGAUAAUAAUUUUACAUCAUCUCAAAUUGCAAUUGUUAUAAUUAUUGAAAAUUCUAAAAUUUAUGAAAAUCAUAGAUUGGCAAUUGAAAGUAUUAAAUGUUACUCUUUACAAUAUGGAUAUAUAUUUAAAUUGAUAAAUUUUCAAUUAUCAUAUAAUUUACCUAUUCUUUGUCCACAGGAAGAUUUUCUUUUUGCCAGACAUUGUGCCACUAGUAUUUAUAUGGAAAAAUUUAACAAUACAAUAAAAUAUGUUUUUUCACUUAAACCUGAUAUAGGAAUUAUUAAUCCAUUACAUCGUUUAGAAAAAUUAAUAACAAAUGAAAAUAUUAUAUUUAUACGUCCUUUACAUUCUCAUGAAAUUGCUUCUUCACCUUAUAUUAUAAAAAAUAACAGAUAUGGAAGAAUGUUUUUAAAAAGAUGGGCUAAUUUUUUUUAUAAAAUGCCAUCAACAUUUCAUUUUUCUGAUAAUGGAGCAUUAAUGGGAAUGUUAUUAAUGAAAUUUUAUAGUACAAAAUAUAAUAGUUUAUACAAAACAUGUUUACAUAUUUUUUCAACAUCUAAAACCACUAAUAAUUAUAUUAAAUUUUGUGUUUGUGUUAAUGAUUUAUUAGAAAAAGUAUCUGAAUUAAAUGAGGAUGAUAAUUCACAAAUUUAUGAUAAUAAAAGAAUAAAAAUAUUAUCAAUAGAAAGGUCAUAUAAAAAUUUUGUUAGAGAUAUUUGGAUUACUAAAUCAAAAUGGGCACCACAAGAUUUUAUGCUUAGUGAUUUAAUUGAAAAAAAUAGAUACAUCAAAACAAAUAAAUAUAAAUAUUGGGAAAAUCCAUUACAAAACAAUGAUUUUAAAUUACAUCAAUGUAAAAAAUUUAAUUUUCUUGAUCAAUGGAAUUAUUUAGAAAAUUUUAUAUUAAAUAAUACCAUAAUAACAAAUUAUUUGAAAAAAAAAAGAAAUUAUUUGGAAGAGGAACAUUUAAUGUAUAAAAAGGAAAUUGAUUCUAUUAUUCCAAAGAAACCGAUUCAUAGUGAUUCAUUUAUUUAUAUUAGAUCAGCAUUUCAAAUUGAAUAUUCACAAAAUUAUAUAAUACUUUUUUUAAGUAGAAGACAAAAUAUACGCCUAAAAAAUAUAACAAAUUUACGUGAAAUUCAAAUUAAUGAUAAAAAAGGUUCAAUAAAUGAUAAUAUAGGAGCUUAUUCUGGUAAAAUUUCAAUAAAAAAAUAUGAUAAAAAGUUUUCUAAUUUAAAAAAAAUUACUAUAAAAAGAAAAAAAUAUAAAAUAAGGCAAUUUGCAGUUUGUACACCAAUUCUUCAAAAUUUUGAUCUUCCCGGAAAACUUUUACAAUUUAUCAAAUAUUGGCUUAAUUUUGAUGAUAAAAUUAAAAUUUAUAUUUAUUACAAUUCAUGGAGUAAAAUUGUUGAUAAUAUGAUAAAAAAAAUAUUAAAAUACAAAAAAAAUAUUAGAAUUAUUAAUUGGAGUAAUUUACCAUAUAAUUUAAAAUCUAAUAAUUUUGAUCCAAAUUUUGGUAUGAUUGAUAAAGGUCAACAAUUAGCAAAUAUGGAUUGUGUUUUAAGAAAUAAAAAUAAGGCAAAAUAUGUCAUUUUAUCAAGACUUGAUCAAGAGUUUGUUCAUAAUAAUGUUUCACACUUUCUUGAUGGAAUUUUAAAAAAACAUUCUAUGAUUCAGAUGAUUAAAGUAAUGCUCCAAGAUAAAAUUAUAAAUAAAAAUAAUAAGUUUAUGGUUAAAAAUAAGGUAAAAUUUUUAAAUCCAAAUUUUUAUAAUAUGAUAAUAUUUCUUCCUGAUAGACUUGAAUUACCAUUAAAAAAUAAGUAUGUGGCAACUGUUGUUGAUAAAAAAUUUAUUUACACAAGAAUAAUUGGAUAUCAAAGAGUAAUUUUUAAUGUAUCAAAAGAUGUUAAGAUAUCUUGGUAUUCUUUACCUUUACGUCAAUGGUCCAAAACUAAUUUUAUACAAGCAAGAAAUUCAUGGUUUAAAUAUUGA